UAUUAUUUGUAUACCCGAUGAUUCCAACCUAUAUUUACGGUGAUAGAAUGAUAAAUAAACAGUUAAAUCGUAAACAUAUUACAUGGGUUGAUAUAAUUUAUAUAUAAUGAAAUAAGUAGAUAGAACGUAUCAAACAAUAUUAUCCACUAUAAUUGUUGAUUGGAGUUAGUAUUUGUCAAGUAUCUAUGGAAUGUCAUGAAAUUAAGGAAAGUUUAGAGAAGUCCGUGGCUUUGAACAUGGUAGAAUUACCGAUGCUUGAAAAAUCAUCGCAAUUGCAAGAAGAUAUAAAUACAAUAACAUCACAGGAAUCGCAAAAGGAUGAAGCCUUAAUUGAAAAAUUAGAUGAAUUCAAUACAGAAGAAUUUCAGAAAGUGCAAAAGAAUGAAGUUUUAACAGACACCGUAAAUAACGGUGAUGAUACUAAAAAUAUUGAAGCAUUAGACCCUGUUAAUUAUUUUUAUUAUAAUUGGAACGAUUCACCAAAAUUACUGUGCGAAGCAACUAGUGAAUAUCAACCAUCCGAAUUAUAUGAAAAUUUUACAAAGGGUUGUCAGUGGUCUCCGGAUGGAACAUGUUUAUUAGUGCCCUCUGAGGAUUUUAGAAUACGAAUCUACGAACUUCCCAGAGAAUUAUAUUGCGAGAAAAUUCCCCAAAAUUUAUCAUCUAUAAAUUUUCCAGCAGUAUUAACUGUAAAAGAAGGAGGACUUAUAUAUGAUACUUGUUGGUAUCCUUUUAUGAAUUCUUGGGAAUCUGCGACUUGCUGCUUUUUAAGUACAAGUAGAGAAAGUCCUAUACAUCUGUGGGAUGCUUUUAAUGGCGAAUUACGAGCAACGUAUCGAGCUUACAAUCAAGUUGAUGAAGUAGAAGCUUCGAUUAGCAUUCAGUUUAUUGACUCUGUCAGAGAAAUAUGGGCUGGUUUCAAAAAUGCUUUAAGAAUUUUUGAUGUGGAACAACCAGGACGCCAAGUAAAUACAAUUAAGUUCAAGAAAGAUUUUCCAAAUGUCACAGGAUUAGUUUCUUGUAUUCGAGAAAAUCCAAUUAUGCCAGGAUUAGUUGCUUUUGGUACUUAUUCUAAAUGCAUUGGUUUAUAUAAAAGUGGACCACUAUGUACAUUUAAAACUGGAAGUGGUGUAACUCAAAUUGAGUUUAGUCCUUGUGGUACAAAAUUAUUUUCAGCUGUUAGACGCAGCAAUGAAUUUUUAUGCUGGGAUCUUCGUAAUCCGGGAACCGUGCUUUACUCUUUUCAAGGACGUCAGUCUGAUACAAAUCAGAGAAUACAAUUCAAUAUCACGCCUAAUGGGAAGCAAAUAGUGUCAGGUGGUACAAAUGGUAACAUUGUAAUUUGGGAAUUACCAGAAUAUUCAGAUUCUAUAGAUCAUAAUGUAAUGUAUAAAAUAAAGUUAUCCGAUGACUGUAUAAAUGGUGUAAGUUUACAUAGGAGAUUACCAAUAAUUGCUACUAGUACAGGGCAAAGAUUAUGUGAUAGUACAACGCAAUGCAGGGACAAUAAUGUUCGAUUGUGGCUUGUUUCUUGAUCACAAUUUAAUAAUGGACUAAAAUAUUGUACAUACAUAUUUUAUUGUUUUAUAUAAAAAUUAACGAUGGACGCCAUUGUAAAAUAUUUUGUAACGAUUUGAUAAAUAUAAACGUUAAAAGCCGUGGGGGUUCGGUUCUAAGUCUUUCCGCGGAAAAUAGCAAACCCUAUACAGUGUUAGACAAUUUUUCUUAAUAUAUUUGAUAAAAUAGAAAAUGUGUGUACCACAAUAUAAGCAAAUAAGGAAAUUUCAUUUAUAUGCACGUGCAAAAAUAAUAGAAAAUAUUUCAGUAAUUGAGCUUUAAACAAUGAUACGUAUUUGUUAUAAUUUUUUCUUUGGGAGUAAAGAGUUACAGUAGUUAUUUUUAAAUAAAAUGUUAUUAAGUUAUAAUCACGAGUC